CGCAACAAUGGUGAACAGCUUGUGGUUCAAAUGGAAGGCUCUGCGUCUGCCCUGGAGGAAAUCUUUUUUAGUCGGCCAGGAUCUCGCCGGCAACACUUUCUGGGAGUUCAAAGAUGUCUUGAAUUCAGCUCGUUACCGCCGAAUCGUCCGAUUUGAUCCGAAAACACAUUUCAGUGAUGUUCAAGUGACACCGCAAUGGCACCAAUGGCUACGACAUGUCCGGCAACAUCCUCCGAGCAUCGAAGAGCAGAAACAGGAUCUCGUCCGCCAAGCGCAAAUCAAACAACUCGCCCGACUUGCCGACGAACGCUGGGCCAGCAAAGCCUCUUUCCUGGAUAAACCCAAGACCCAACAGGGAGGAUCAGCAACUCAGCCCGGUGGUCCCAGCUUGAACCAUCCAACUGCCAAUACCCAGACCGCGCAGGAUGCGCCGGCAUCUACCGCACCACCCAAUGCUCCACAGGCGGACCCUGCCUCUACAAAGCCAGAGACGAAAAAGGAGGAGAACCCAUGGGCCAAGGCCAGCAAGAACAACCCAGGCGAGGAGUGGCAGCCCGAGGCGUGGACACCUAGUUCCAAGCGGUAAAUGAUGAUAUCGACAAAUCGGUCAAUUUUUGCAAGGGUAUAUAAACUCGGCUUUCAAAAGGGAAAUGGGCCCAAAGCUCAAAAAAGUCAUUUAGGGUACAAAGUGUGUUGAUUUCGUUCCAUUGGGAAUAUACUGCAGAGCACCCCCGGCC